UCCUAUCAUCAAUCAAAUUGCCUGCUUCCAUUUCCAUUACUGUCUCCUAUCAUAAACCUCAAACACGCUUCCAAUUCAUGAUCUUCCAACCAACAGAAUUAAACCAACCUUUUCUUCUAUUUAUCAUCAUCAUCACACUGGCAAUGCAGCCUUUUUCUUACUAGGAGAAAGGCAUAAUCUUCUUCUUCAGCAUUCACCAACGUAUUUUGAUUCAUUAACACUUGCUUAGUUAUACCCCAAAAUUUCAUUCCACAUGGAUCUGGUUUUCUCCACCUGUUUAUUCAGUCUGCUCUCCAUCUUCCAAGGGAUUUCAGGGACUACAUUUACACUUGUGAAUAAAUGUGACUAUACAAUUUGGCCUGGUAUCCUUGGCAACACCCAGUUAGACAGCACCGGAUUCGAGCUACCAUCAGGGGAGUCCCGAUCCUUCCAGGUAACGCCCAGUUGGUCAGGUAGAUUAUGGGCCAGAACCGGAUGUGCAUCAGACCAAAAUACAGGUCAAUUCACCUGUCUAAUCGGUGACUGUGGCUCCAACCAAAUGGAAUGCAAUGGCAAAAGUGCAAUUCCCCCAGUUACCUUAGCUGAGUUCACGAUCGGGUCAGGAACCCAGGAUUACUACGACGUUAGUUUAGUUGACGGUUACAACUUGCCAAUGAUCGUGGAGCCAAGCGGUGGGUCAGGCACGUGCUUGUCAACAGGUUGUGUCAACGACUUGAACCGGCAGUGCCCGAAUGAGUUACGGGUUGGGUCGGGUGAUGCCUGUAAGAGUGCAUGCGAGGCUUUUGGGACCCCGGAGUACUGCUGCAGCGGCGCCUACGAUACACCGGAAAUAUGUAAGCCAUCUGUUUAUUCGGAGAUGUUCAAAGCAGCUUGUCCAAAAUCGUAUAGCUACGCGUAUGAUGAUGCUACGAGUACGUUUACAUGUACCGGAGCUGAUUAUACGAUUACAUUCUGCCCUUCAUCAACAAGUCAAAAAUCAGCAAGCAAUACGACCCCAACAACAACAGGAAUAACAGGGACGACAAGCACAACAUAUGGAUCUAUUACAGGGUCAGGAGAGGUCCCAACGAACGACAAUAGUUCAUGGUUACCAGAGUUUCUUACAGGAGAGUCUUCCAGGACUCUUUCUUCUUCUGCUUUCCACACCACAUUGUUGGCUUUGGCCAUUUCCUUUCUCUUCCUCUCCAGAUUUUAUGCAUAAUCUCAACACUCUUAAGCAGCUUAUUAAUUAACAGCCAAAAUGGAAAUUAAUUUGGGAUUCUUCUGCCUUAUGGGGAGUACUGCUGUUGAUGUCCAGAUCGUAAAACCCAAUUUUCCAGGCCAUGUGUAUAGAAAGAAAACAAAACUAUAUUAUUAUUAUUUGUUCUUUAUAAUUUAUAUAGCUUUGGAAGAGUUGUACACCAAAAGCAACAAAUUAGAAAAAGGAAGAGCUUUAGUCAUUACUUUUAAUUGAUCAAGAAGGCAUUUGAAGAUAGUGUUAGUUUACUGUGAAUCUGAGCAAUCUGGUUGGUGUCUGUGGUGUGUAGCUGAUAAAGGAAGCCCCGCUUUCCUGGAAUUACAAGCCUGCUUGGUAGUUUAAUGAUUUAUUUUAGCCGCUAUGAAUGAGUCUUGUAAUUAUGGUGUCUACGACAAGGGCCAUUUUUCCAUCAUUUCCUUUCAUCAAAUUUCACUUUUUGUGUCUGAAAUCUGUGUCAAUUAGCAACUU